AUGGAGAUGACAAAGGAGUUCGAGAUGACCGACAUUGGAUUGAUGUCAUACUACCUUGGCAUUGAAGUAAAGCAAGAAGAAAAUGGAAUCUUCAUUACUCAAGAAGGAUAUGCUAAAGAGGUGCUUAAGAAGUUCAAGAUGGAUGACUCAAAUCCAGUUUGCACGCCAAUGGAAUGUGGAGUCAAGCCCGACAUCCUACACUCAGUUGGAGUUGUGAGUCGAUACAUGGAGCAUCCAACAACAACUCAUUUCAAGGCAGCCAAGAGGAUCUAUAUCAAAAGUACAAUCAACUUUGGCUUGUAUUACUCUAUUUCUGACGAUUACAAGCUUGUUGGAUAUAGCGAUAGCGAUUGGGGUGGAGACGUAGAUGACCGGAAAAGCACAAGUGGCUUCGUAUUUUUCAUUGGAGAAACCGCUUUCACAUGGAUGUCAAAGAAGCAACCAAUUGUCACUCUUUCUACUUGUGAAGCGGAGUAUGUGGCAGCUACUUCAUGUGUUUGCCAUGCUAUUUGGUUACGAAACUUGCUAAAGGAGCUGAACUUACCACAAGAGGAGCCAACGAAAAUCUUUGUGGAUAACAAGUUGAUAUCUUCUCAAUUUGCUUUGUUUUAA